CCGGAUUGGUGCAGGUCUGACCGGCCCCGGACGCCGCAGGACGCAGGCGCGCCUCCCGCUGCGGCGGUGAGGAGGAUGCUCCUCUAAGUUUGAGCGGAUCUAACUGGGACCGGUCACCGCCACUGCACAGACAUAUUGGUUUUUCCAUUCAUCUGGGAUCGAAUACGGCGUGUCACCCUGGAUAUAAUUUGCACUAUGGAGGAGGGGAAGGAGAAGCCCAAGAGGAGGCCCCUGGUCAGGGCCGCGUCGGAGGAGAGCUCCAGCGACCUGAGUUCAUUGGGUCACUCUCCAUCUCCCGGGGACACGCUGCCCUGGAACCUGCCCAAACACCAUCGCAUGAAGCGCUCCAAGUCGGCCUCUGGAGACGUGCUGGACCCCGCGGAGAGGGCCGUCAUCCGCAUCGCAGGUGAAUCUGGGCAGCCACCAGUACCUAUUCUCAGUGGACGUGAACCCCUCUGAAAUGCCCUGCUUCUGCCUCAGACACGAUGUGGACGCUCUGGUGUGGCAGCCUCGUCCCGACCAACCCAGUGACAUGUGGGAGCACGUGGCCACGUUCAACGCUUUGGGCUACGUCCAGGCGUCCAAACGGGACAAAAAGUUUGCGACCUGCGCCCCCAACUUCUCCUACGCCACGCUGGGCGAGUGUCUCCGCCGGGCCUUCAUCUACCGACAGCCGGCGCCGGUGGAGACGGUCCUCUUCAACCGGAAGCAGGGCCGUCAGGUGGGACAGGUCGCUAAGCAACAAGUGGCCAGCCUGGACUCGGAUGAGCCAAUCCUCGGCUUCAGAGCAACCAACGAGAGGCUGUACGUCCUGACCUCCGGGCGCCUCUUUGUUCUAAAGGUCAAUAAUAAUUAGAUGUAGGGACUCUUGUUAGUUUUAGACAAACCCCCUCCUCCCUCCUCCCUCCUCCCCCCUCCCUCCUCCCUCCUCCCCCCUCAGAGCUUGAUCCUUUCAAACUGAAGAUCUGUCAUCUGGGUUUUUACAUUUGAGCUGUCUGUACUGAAGUUUUUGUUUGUUUCACCUCCCACAAGAUGUCUGUGGUCAAAAAGUGAAGAAUCAUGUUCCAAAAGAGAAAAGAUGCUAAUAAACCGGAGCCAAAUGUUUUCAUAGUAAGCAAAUGAUUAUUAUUAUGAUUAAAUAGCCAUGUCAUUUCUUUCAAAGCUUGAAUAUAAAUGUCACAUAUUGUACGGGGUGCCCCAUUAUCGCUCACCACAUUAUAGAAGCGAUAUCAUGAGCUGACUGAGGCCUGGCCGUAGUAAUUAGUCAGAUGGUCAGUGGGGAGAAGGACGCCUUCUCCUUGGCUGUGAAAAUAUGAAAGAAGCAAAGCGUUCAUUUCCAUAAAACAUGUUGCACCCUCAUCACAUCAGCCUCAAGCAGAUGGACUCCCAAGAGGCCUAAACAUUAAUCCUUUCUUUUUGGUGGAAAUGGCGGAGUAUUUGUUCAUCGGUGCCAUUUAUUUUAAUUUCCAUUUUAAGAACUCCCCCCCCCGGCCGCUCAUCCAAUCAAUCGAAUAGAUAGGAAAAGAUCCAAGAGGGGCACAAA